UUCGGUGAACAUUAUAGUUCAUCGCAGGUUUUUUCAUGUUUUAUUUUGCUCCGGAUUUUCUUUGAAGUGAACAACCAGACUGGAACCAGUGGAAGCUGUUCAGAAUUGUGUCGUUUUAGAUUUAAAUUUUUUUUUUAUAAAUAGAGCUGCCGAAUUUCGAUACCGGACUAGUAGCUAGAGCAGAAUAAAGUUACCUGUGGUCAAAUUUAUAUUAGUUCAAUGGAUAAUAUUAACAAUCUUCCUGUAGAGAUUUUAGAACAAAUUUUCACCUAUCUCAACUUGAAGGAGCGUAAAAGUGCCUGCGCAGUUUGUAGUCUCUGGCAUGCGGUGCUGCGUGGUGUGCGAUUCCAGCGACAAUGUCUUGUUUCCCUUAGCCGCACCUUCGAUCAAGAGCUAUCGGAACUGGAAACACGAGUAACUCAGAGCUUUCGCAACCUAUCACUGAUCCACUGGGAAGAGGAAUACUUUGAUGACGAUGAUGAUGAUGACAUAGAUAGCCACGAACAACGCGAAAAUGAGGAAGUGAUACAUUUAAAAUAUCUUUUCGAGCCCACCCCAGAGGCCAACAUUAGGAAGCUCCUAUUCGAAAAUGGGUUAGAUCUGGAAACACUUGAACUGUACAGUAGCUUUGAAAGUUGUCGGGAAAUACUUGGAGACCAGUUGUGCCAAUUGGAAAACCUCCGAGAACUGGCACUUUCAUUCUGUCAAACUGAAUAUGCGUCACCAGAUCAAAGCGAAUGGCAGAUUCAUCACAACCAAAUUAAUACGCUUAAAAUAGAUGUACUGCAUUCAAACAAGCCUUACAACGUGAUGCUUCCUAACUUAACAACAUUAGAACUGUUAUCAAAUUGCCGGUGGAGUUUUCAUAUUAUUCAGGCACACUGCAUGCAGCUACAGCGCUUCAAAGUACAAUUUCAAGAUCAGGAAACAAUGGAUGAUUUAAUGUCCCUUUCGUUUCCAAUGUUGACCCACUUGCAAGUUCGAAUGUACGACGACAAAGAUGUCCAAGUUCGAUAUGCUCGAACUCGAAACAAGUUUGCUGAUAAGGAGAAGGAAGAACAUUUUGUCAAAUCCAUGCCGAAACUGAAAUCUUUAUGGCUUGAAAGUGAUUUGAUGCUUUAUCGCAUUGGAGAAGCUCUUUCAAAAUAUGGCCAUCGGUUGGAAAAACUAACAUUGAUGGACAUGCAAAUCGAUGAUGCACAAUUACGUACGAUUGAAACGUUUCCAAAGUUAAAGACUGUUAUCAUGCAUCGUACAGAAAUUUUACCGUCAUCUCAGAUCUUGCCAAAAGUAAAUAUGCCUCACCUUGUUAAUCUAACACUUAUGGACAACAAGUCAGAUAUCGUGUUUAACAACGGUCUUGUCGGACUUAAAUCACUCAAACUAACACUCUGCUCAAGAAGAUGUCACAAAGUAUUGCAUAAAAUUUGCAACAACUUGCCUAAUUUAGAGUAUCUAGAGCUGUUUCUGUACUCCAAGUGGAGAAACACUGCGCUUCGACAUCUGAAUAAACUAACAAAACUGAGGUUAUUACGAAUAAACGCCUGUGACAUGAGCAAAAUUAGUUGGGUUCAUUGUCCUAUAGUCCCUAACGUGCAGAAGGUUGUAUUCGACAAGUGUAGCUUUCUAAGGACCAGAACUUUACGGCCUUUAGCCGUGUUAUUUCCUGGUCUCACCAGCGUAUACCUGGAUAGGUGUUACGUGACAGGUAGUGAAGAUUUAAUUUCUUCCAACGAGAAUCGAGGUGUACUGGAUGAGGGGCUCGAAGCUAGACGGAAGUGCAUGGAGCAGUUGAAAUCGAUACUUCCGCAGUGUAUUGUUUCGUUGAACGAAACAACACUGCGAUGGAAAUACAACAAAUAAAUUUAUUGAUACCAUUUUGAUUAUUUUGAAAAUAAACCACGUCUCAAAAGUUUACUGAA